AUGUUCCCUCUAAUCGUGGAACGCGCUGAGAAGCUACAGACGCUCGUUAUAAGCGCCGCGUCAAGUGGUCGCGUAUUGGACGCCAGAGACUUGAUGGCACGCUACACGACAGACUUCAUCGGCGCCUGCGGCUUUGGACUCGAAUCAGACUCACUCAGCGACGAAAACUCCCCUUUCAGACAGCUGGGUGCGAAAAUCUUCAAUGUAACUACGAAACAAGUCAUUAUGAACAUGCUCAAAAUAAUGUUUCCCGAAGUGUUUAAGUAUGUGAAAUUACACUCAAAGACCGAGGCGGAUAUAGUAAUGAUAGUGAAUGAGAUAUUGAAGAAAAGGAACUAUAAGCCGUCGGGAAGGAACGACUUCAUAGAUUUGCUGUUGGAAUGUAAAGCGAAAGGUAUACUAGUGGGUGAGUCUAUAGAAAAUUUCAAGCCGGACGGAACACCAGAAAUUGCUAAAUUGGAGUUGGACGAUCUGGUUAUGGCUGCGCAAGUCUUUAUAUUCUUCGCGGCUGGUUUUGAGACUUCAUCGUCAUCCACCAGCUACACGCUACACCAGUUGGCUUACAAUCCGGAUAAACAGAAAAAAGUGCAAGCAGAAAUCGACCGAGUACUCGCUAAAUAUGAAAACAAUCUCUGCUACGACGCCAUAAAGGAAAUGACAUACCUAGAAUGCGCCUUCAAAGAAGGCAUGAGAAUGUUCCCAUCUCUGGGAUUUUUAGUUCGCCAAUGCGUCGACAAAUACACCUUCCCAGAGAUAGACUUAACGAUCGAUCAAGGUGUGCAGAUAUUCAUUCCAGUGCAAGCGAUGCAGAACGAUCCGAAGUACUUCGAGAGUCCCGAGCAAUACCGGCCAGAGCGCUUCCUGCCCGGUGAAUUUGAUUCGUACAAGAGAAAUGUUUACCUGCCCUUCGGCCUCGGACCCAGAGCUUGUAUAGGUGAGCGGCUAGGUCUGAUGCAGUCUCUGGCCGGUUUAGCGGCAGUACUAUCCUGCAGUUCGGUGGAGCCAGGUCCCACCACCGUAAGGUAUCCCAAGGUCAACCCGAAGAAUAGCAUCGUGCAGUCUAUUAAAGGUGGUCUACCCUUAAUGUUCCGUCAAAGGGAGGAAGUCGCAAAG